CUUCCGCAUACCUUAACACUUCAACGAAACCCCCUUUGCGACGGCUCUUGCGGCGCACACGUGAGAAACUUGAUCGACUCAUUCGCCCGGCGUUUAUUGCGAUUCUUUUUUUCAUAGUUUGAUUUUUCUUUCUGUUUCGGCGUCCCGGGAGAGGCAAACACGCUCCCCUCGACUAUUUCAAAUCCACCCGCCUGGAACGAGGCAAACCGCGAAGUGUCCGUCUACCUCGUCGCGAAGCAACUCGGUGCACCGUUAGGGGACUCCAGGCUAUAUAUUCUUUCAAGAUGGGUGCAGGCAUGUCAUGGCUGUCCAACUUGGUGUGGGCGAAGAAGGAGAUCAGAAUUCUAAUUCUGGGCUUGGAUAACGCGGGCAAAACAACCCUUUUAUACAGACUGAAGAUCGGAGAAGUUGUCACGACGAUACCAACGAUCGGAUUCAAUGUCGAAUCAGUCACGUACAAGAACCUCAAUUUUAACGUCUGGGAUCUGGGCGGACAGACUAGCAUUAGACCCUACUGGCGGUGUUACUACGCCAACACCGCGGCCGUCAUCUUCGUCGUCGACUCUACCGAUAUCGAUCGAUUACAAACCGCGGCCGAGGAGCUUUCGGCUAUGCUAAACGAGGAAGAGCUCAAGGAUGCGGCCCUGCUGGUAUUCGCCAACAAGCAAGAUCAGCCCGGCGCCAAGGGGGCGGGCGAGAUCUCAGAGGCGCUGCAGUUGGGCGAGCUGCGGGACCGAAACUGGAGCAUCAUGGCUUGCUCGGCAGUCGACGGCAGUGGUGUGAACGAGGGCAUGGAUUGGCUAGUGCAAACCGUCAACUCGGACAACUAAACCAAACCAUUAUUCUUUUCCCCUAUCAAGGAGACUUAAUAACAGCCAUCUCCUUUUGUGUUUUCGAAAACCACAAUCUUGUACAACAAACGAUAUGACGAAGGCAACACGACGGUCGGAUUCCGUUGUAUGUGGGCAUGCAAACCAUACACCUGGCGAUCAGAGGAGGAGGACAUGCAGCGAACGGCGCAUUUAGUUAUCCAUCUAACAGGCGGAGGAUGGGCAUUUUAAGAGAGGAUAAAUUAUAUGGACGGGAUAAUGUCAACAAUACUAUCAUUUAAUUUAGACUUGGGAUACCAGUAUCAGUAUCCCAAUUUGAUUCUCAAUAUUGGUCUCGGUCUUUGAAACACCGAGUUUUUGCAUCAAACCCCUGGUGCCUCGUAUCUAAACAAGAGCUGCCACGCGGCACGCCGCAGUAGAUCUAAUUAGAGACCCGCAACGCGCGGACUCGCUGUAUCAAAAUGUGUUGAAAGUAGAUACAUCUGAGCUGGGGCAUCCAGAACUACCUGAAAAUCAAGACGGCUCAACAGAACCGUCUGAUUGCCCCUCACUGCUUGUUAUAUGUUACAUAACAAGCCCGCAUGGUAUUAUCAAUAACAUAACUCUCUCGGAUUACGACGGCCGAAUCCUCAGAACAUCCGAUGGGCAUUUGGAUUCGACAAAAGAGGGUGUGAAGGCAAUGCUACUAUUGUACACAGAAAGUGGGUUUCUAGGCCUCCAGUUUGCAAUGUCCUGAAUGGGAUCAUCCAGAUGUGUUCGGGCUUCGGGAUAUACAUGAGGGGGUGGAGCAGAUUUUACGAGGUCUGCACUUUACUGAGUGAGCAUGGCGUUGGAGGAUGAGAUUUUGGCGUUACCUUGGCUAUUGUGCUGUAGCCUAAUUUGACGGGCAGAAGAACUGAAAGGGAUUUCGCUGUCAUUCGCUUAUAGAAGGGGCAUUAUUAGCUACUAUUAGGAUUGAUACAGUAGAGCCAACAAGGAGAGCGUUGUAUGAUAUCAGCCUGAGUUGGUUAUGGUCUUUUAUAAUAAUAUCUGAACCAAGGCUAUAUAUAACCUCGACUGAACAUGCCAUCUUUCCCAGGCAUUGGAAAAUAGGUACCGCUGAAGUGUGUUGCAGUUUACAACCCCACCACUACCGACUCAAAGGAAGAGACAGAAUACUCAAAUGAUGGGCACACAUUUCUCAACUUUACACUCCACGCACAAUAACGCUAGUGUCCUAUCCAGAACUGCAGUUAUAGCAUGGGCUAUUGCUGCUACCGCUACUACCUCUGCUGCUAUUGUUUUCAUAGUUGUCGGUACUUGUAUCAUGAUUAGAUAUUCUUACAUGUGGACCAUUUACAUGUACUCUACUAAGCUAUAGAUGGGGUGUUGGAUAACCAGAACUCUGGUAAUAGAUUGUAGAAAAAUAGAGUUCAUGUUUUCAACCUGUGUGUGCAUUUUCAUUCAUGCGCUAAAAAUCGCAAGCGAGCAGGUGACCACGCGUUAAGAGGCCUCGGACACCGAGACGCGAGGCGCGCCGGCAUCUCUCCGUCCAGGCUGGGCAGAAGCAGCCCGCUCCUAGCGUGAACCACUCGACUCGAUAAUGCCAGUGGGAGGGAGAACCGCAAGGGUUCCAGGCGGCACUUGCG